AUGGCUAAUCCGCGAAGAACCUCGUAUUCCUCGAACCAGCUCCCGAUUUCGGACCCGAUCCCACAAUUCCAGUCCCAAACCCAUCAAUCGGCGGCGACCCUUUUCAAUUCCUUCAAGAUUUUCCUCAAAAAGCCUCACGCGUUCCCUUUUCUCCUCUCCGUUUUCCUUCUCCUCACGUGGGUCUCGCUUAGAUUCCAGCACCGUUACUCCAGUCCCGCGUUUCAACGGUCUUCGUACGAGAAAAAUGGAGGAGGGGCUUUGUAUUGUGCUUCUAUUCACGUGGGUGAGAUCCGACCUGGAAGCAUGAGGGGAAAUCAUAGACACCAUACUUGUAACGAGACGUUUGUUAUAUGGGGAGCUAAAACUGUGUUCAGGCUCGAAAACAAAUCAUUGGAGAGAGGCUACUCUGAGAUAACAAUCGGCCCGGAUGAAAUUGCGGUGGCCGCGAGUCCUAGAGGCACUGCACAUGCCUUGAUGAAUAUGGACACGAAAAGGACCACGUUUUUCUUAGGAUGUCAAGACAGCGUGAUAAAUUACAACGUAUCGACUACUGAUUCUAAUGUAUGGAAAGAUCUUUAG